CCAGCUGGCGUCACCAGGACAACGGGCGUUGCCGGCGCCUUGUGACUCCGGGCUGUGGGCGCGCUCGCGGCUCUUCGGCCAUGGUUUUCUCAAAUAAUGAUGAAGGCCUUAUUAACAAAAAGUUACCCAAAGAACUUCUCUUAAGAAUGCUGUUCAGCUUGUUGUUAAAUUUUACUUGGUCUAAUCCAGAAUGUACUAAGUAUGUACAUAGCAUUGGUCUGGAUUCUUUUUGUAAUGUGGUUUCAGCAUUCCAUGGUUGUUUUCAAGGACUGGUGCAUCCGCCUCCUGCUGUCUGUGAUGCCUUAUGUAUAUUUCCAAGGCAGCCUAACAGAAUAUUUUCCUUCUUGGAUAUAGUAACUUUGUGCCGAUGUGCACAGAUUUCCAAGGCCUGGAACAUCCUAGCCCUGGAUGGAAGCAACUGGCAAAGAAUAGACCUUUUUAACUUUCAAACAGAUGUAGAGGGUAGAGUGGUGGAAAAUAUCUCAAAGCGAUGUGGUGGAUUCCUGAGAAAGCUCAGCUUGCGAGGCUGCAUUGGUGUCGGGGAUUCCUCCUUGAAGACCUUUGCACAGAACUGCCGAAACAUUGAACAUUUAAACCUCAACGGGUGCACCAAAAUCACUGACAGCACGUGUUAUAGCCUUAGCAGAUUCUGUUCCAAGCUGAAACAUCUGGAUCUGACCUCCUGUGUGUCCAUUACAAACAGCUCCUUAAAGGGGAUCAGUGAGGGCUGCCGCAACCUGGAGUAUCUGAACCUCUCUUGGUGUGACCAGAUCACAAAGGAUGGCAUUGAGGCCCUGGUGCGAGGUUGUCGAGGCCUGAAAGCCCUGCUCCUGAGGGGCUGCACACAGUUAGAAGAUGAAGCUCUGAAACACAUUCAGAAUUACUGCCAUGAGCUUGUGAGCCUCAACUUCCAGUCCUGCUCACGCAUUACCGAUGAAGGCGUGGUGCAGAUAUGCAGGGGCUGCCAUCGGCUGCAGGCCCUGUGCCUCUCUGGCUGCAGCAACCUCACAGACGCCUCUCUCACAGCCCUGGCUUUGAACUGCCCGAGACUUCAGAUUUUGGAGGCUGCCCGAUGUUCCCAUUUGACUGAUGCAGGCUUUACACUUUUAGCUCGGAAUUGCCAUGACCUGGAGAAGAUGGAUCUUGAAGAAUGCAUCCUGAUCACCGACAGCACACUUGUCCAGCUCUCUGUCCACUGUCCUAAACUACAAGCCCUGAGUCUGUCCCACUGUGAGCUCAUCACAGAUGAUGGGAUCCUGCACCUGAGCAACAGCACCUGCGGCCACGAGAGGCUGCGGGUACUGGAAUUGGACAACUGCCUCCUCAUCACCGACGUGGCCCUGGAGCACCUGGAGAACUGCCGCGGCCUGGAGCGGCUUGAGCUGUAUGACUGCCAGCAGGUUACCCGUGCGGGCAUCAAGCGGAUGCGGGCUCAACUUCCUCAUGUCAAAGUCCAUGCCUACUUUGCUCCUGUCACGCCCCCGACAGCAGUGGGAGGAAGUGGACAGCGACUGUGCAGGUGCUGUGUCAUUCUCUGACGGCAGCUGCCUGAGCCCAAGGCACGAUGAGGUGUCCUUCCUCCAGAGAAGACUGAGUCUUCCCAACCUGCUCCACCUGCUCCACCUUCACCCAAAUCUCUUGGUUCUCCAAUUGGGAAAGACACUCACAGGUAAAAGACCUCAGUAGGGACUGCAGGAACUCUGGUGAUUGAUAGUUUUCACCUUUAUUCUGCUACAAUGCAAUCAAAUCAAAGCCUCGUGUCUGCCAACACAUGGCAAGAGUGGUCUCAGCGCAGCCUGGACCGUGCAGGACAAGAGGUGGGUGCCUUCUUAGGUACCAAAGUCCUGCCGUUGGCUUUGUCUGUCCCUCAGACAGACCGUCAGUGUUAGCACAAGUCGAGCAGGAAGAACACGCUGUUGGCUUUCUACCUGAUACUUAAGCCAGGGGGCUACUUUAAUUCACACAGAUUUCAUUUUGAUCAGCAGGACUUUUCCACUUUGAAGAUGAAAUAGCAACUUUCUCAGUGACCUGUACUGCAAAUUUGUGAUGCCUGAGAGUUUUAUAUGUAGACUUAGGUGGGAGGCGAGUCAGGUUUCCAUGAGACACCAAAGAAAUGACGACUCUGAACUGGGUGGGGCAGGGUCUUCACCUGUUUGUCAACUUGUCAUAUACACUUUCGGGGACCAAAAGCUCAACAAACACAACUCAGUCUGUGUCGCCUGACUGGACAUAAGCUGUGGCAGGUGCUACAGCAGAGUGCAUUUUUGUUCUAGGAGAAAAGCUAAUCAUGUCAUCUCUUACAAAACUUGGGGGACCU